AUGGCGGCGGGCCGGCGGAGGGCCCGGCCCGCCCGGCUGCUGCGCGCGUGCUGCGGGGCCGCGGCGGCGUGGCUCCUCGCGCCCGUCGCCCUGGGCGGCGCGGCGGCCUUCGCCCACGCGGCGGCCCCUGGCCGCCUGCUGGGGCGCGGCGCCUGGCCGGCAGGAGAGUAUGAGGUUGGCGGUGUGCCAAAAUUGGGUCGAAGAUUAUCACGGAGUGCCAGACAGGCAUUCGAUCUUGCAGCAGGACAGGAUAUUGCAUCUCACAUGGAUCCUGCACAAGCUGGCGGCUUAUUUGACACGUCGUUGUUGGCGUCUUUCUCAGACCAGCUUGGCAAUAUCAAUGGUGUAUUAUUCCAGUGGUCAUUAUUACCGUAUCUGUGUUUCAUAUAUUUCUUAGGUUACCGCGGCAACAAUACGCCACCACUUGUGUUGUUUGGUUUUGCGUUUCUUUUAACUUUCGUCAUAUGCACGAUACCCAGUGGCAUUAUUUCGAAAUCAACGUAUGGCCUCAUUCUGGCCGACAGUGACUGGAUACAUGGUACAGCCGAGUCGCUGCUGACGUGCACCAACAUCAUGAUUGUCCUUGGGUUUCGAAGCGCUCUGGCUGGCGACAAGGACUUAGUUGAUAAUUCCGCUGUCAAGAACGUCGCGAUCGCGUGGCUUGCAGCUGUUAUCUUCUUCCUGGCCUCUGGCGUCGGGCUCUGGGGAUUCCAGGCGCAUACCCCGUUCCUCGCAGGCCUUGGAGCGUUGGACGUUGGUUCUUUGGCCGCCGAGCCCGUGAACGCCCUGUCCGUUCCGAAUUGGAUUGUCCACUGGUCUACAGUCUUCGAAUUCCUCUUUGCGAUGACCUUGGCGUGGCGAUAUGCUGAUGCAUCAGGCAAUCCAAGGUGGAAAGGGCUGACCUGGGGCAUGCUCCCGUCCAGCAUCUCCAGCGUCUGCGCCUUGACGUUCCACGUGUUCUACAAUCAGAUACCAUGGAUUCUGACAGCUCAGGCGCUCUUCACGUUCGUCGGCAACACUACGCUGGGCAUCGCUGCUUUCCGCAUCGCUGUUUCCAACGGUUGGACUGUUUCUGAGUUGGAUCCACGACCUGCGCUCGGCAAGGCGUGGGGUAAUAUUACGGGUGGGAAGGACGGAUCUUCGGACUUAGAUGUGGAUGAGCAGAAGCCAAGUUUUGAUCCGAGCCGGAUUUCGACAUUAUCACCAGAGGAACUGACGCCGGGUCCUCUGCUUGUCCUCGAGGGAGUGUUGUUGACGGUCCUCUUCGCGUACGGCACAAAGUACGGGGAGUUGGCGUUCGGGUCCACCGUCUGGCAGUCCCCCGACUCCAGUGCUGCAGCAGCGGCGGUGAUUCUUCUACCAGUCUCGCUCGUGUUUUACAGCAUCUACAGUCGCAGCCCGGACAUCCAAAGUGGGCAGUUACCGCCGUUGGCCUUCUCUGGAGCCCUGACGCCUGCUGCUGCAACUUCUUCAAACACCUCGGCAACGUCUUCAACUAAGUUGGAAGUGGCUGCAGAUGGUACGGCGACAGAGAAGUCGGGCGGCCUCUCGUUUGAGGACGUCAAGAAAUACGGCGUCGCGGGGACGGUGGCGUAUGUCUUGACCGAGUUAGCCUUCUGGGCCGUGGCCGCUCCCGUCGCGUCGUACUCGCUGUACUCCACCACAGGGCAUUGGCCUGACCUGCUCACGAACAACGAAGAUCGCGCGGCGGUCGCAGCCUUCAUCUUCGCCGGCGCCAACAUCGCUCGCGCCUUCGUGCCCAUCCGGCUUGGCGCGGCCCUGGCGCUCGCACCCUGGGUAGACGAGAACAUCGUGUCCAAGUUCGGCGGGGCGGGCCCGGAGUCCAGCCCGGGUGCGGGCCGACGAGAGAGCUGA